GGCUAAAAAGCGCCCACCCACAACGGCGACGUCGUCGCGUUAUAGGCCGCCGCAGCACAGUCGUCGCCGUCGUCGCGCGAUCGGCCAACUGCCGCCGUUCCGCGUGCUGUGCCGACGGUCGACCCUCUGGCCAUUUCUUCGUCUGUCCGCGUAAACAAGCGUGCAUACGUAAAAAUCGUCGAUUGCCGCACUUGUAAACAAACUGCGCCGAGUGCGACGCACUCUCGAGAGCUUGCCGAGGAAUCGGGCGCGAGCUGAGAGUUCGGCUGUGCGCGAGUGUGUACAUGGAGCUGUGGUGCGUAUAUGUGUGUGCGAGGAUCCAGGUGACUGUUUUUGUGCCGCAAAGGGCGGCAGCGGCUUGAGCCAUUAGCAUCGCCACGCGAGCAAAAAGAGCGCGCUCGCGCGCCGCGCGCCGCGCGAUCGCAUUUUCGGAAUCGCGCUGGACAAACAAACAACGAUAGCCCCUGCGUGCACGCGUGCGUUGUCGGCCGCUUGCGGACGAGCGGAAUGAGAAUAAGAGGCGCAAGAAGAAGAGCAUCGACGAAGGUUAUGGUCGCGAUAAACCGUCGGGCGCCGCGAUAAGUCCUCAUCGCGCUGCGACAGUGUUGCAUCGCGCGCUCGUUGCAUAAGCCACGCGUGCGAUCGACGACAGCGGAGAGGGCCCACCGCGAGCCGAAAAAUAGCGAGCUAUCGGCGAAGGACAGAACGCUGGAGCUGUACCUGCCGUACGCGCCGCUGCCGGGAGGCGGCGGCAUCCUGCCGGCGGUACCCAAUUGCCGGCCGGUCUUACUCGGUGGUGUCGACCUGUCCAUGUCAGCGGCGGCUUUGCCGCCGAGCAACGUCGGCCCCGUACAGUUGCCACCUGUGCCGCCACCACCGCCGACCACUGCACAACUUGAACCUGGACCUGUUAUGAUGACCAGGCCCGCUCCGACUAUCGCUGGGGUCGGACCUCCUCCCAUCGAAGGAGAUGGUCCUCCAAAUCCUGAUGUAUUGCUGGCUCUUCUCGCUAGGAAUAAAAAACUCGAAGCAUCCAUACCAAAGUGCGGCGGAUGUCAGGAAGUGAUCCUCGACAGGUACGUGCUGAGGGUAAUGGACAGGUGUUGGCACGCCGGCUGUCUCACUUGCCGUGACUGCGGUGUAAGACUGGCGGACAAGUGUUACGCUCGCAACGGACACGUGUUCUGCAAGGACGACUUUUUCAAGUGUGGCAGGCGUUUCGGUACAAAGUGCGCUGGCUGCGGCCAGGGCCUGGCGCCCUCUCAAGUGGUGCGUCGCGCCCAGGAUCUGGUCUACCAUCUGACGUGCUUCCUCUGCGCGAUGUGCUCCAGGCAGCUCGACACGGGCGAUGAGUUUUACCUCAUGGAGGAUGCCAAGCUCAUUUGCAAGCCCGACUACGAGCAGGCCAAAGCCAAAGGUACGCAACUUGAAUUAGCCGACGGCGGCAGUUUGGACGGUGAUCAACCGAACAAAAGACCAAGAACAACAAUUACGGCCAAACAAUUGGAAACGUUGAAGCUUGCCUACAACAACAGUCCGAAACCGGCGAGGCAUGUACGGGAACAGCUAUCGCAGGAUACCGGACUUGACAUGCGCGUUGUUCAAGUUUGGUUUCAAAAUAGGAGAGCGAAAGAGAAGAGGUUGAAAAAGGACGCAGGCAGAACGAGAUGGUCGCAAUAUUUCCGUAGUAUGAAAGGAGGCAGCGGCGGCCACUCGCCACGCCACGACAAACUGCUUGACAAAGACGAACUGAAGGUCGAUCUUGAUUCGUCGUUCGGCCAUCACGAUCUGAGCAACGACAGUUACGGCACGGUGAACAUGGGUUUGGACGGCGAAGGCGCAAGUCCCGGAGGAGGUGGGGGCGGUGGUGGUGGUCCACCGCGUGGUUACCUUGGUGCAGCGACGCCUCCUUACCUGUCCACGUCUAGAUCGCCGUCCUUGCCACCACAAUUCCCAUAUCCACCGGAUGCUGGACUCUCCGUUUACACGACGCUUGGUGGCCCCGGUGGAAUGGUAGCCGGGCCAGCCUCGGAUCUGAGCAACGAAUCGAGCGGUGGCGGCGGCGGAACGGGUGGUGGCAACAGUGGCGGUGGUGGCGGGGGUGCUUCCAACGCUGGCGGUGGGGCAAACAGCGGGGGCGCGGCCGCCGCUUACCCCGACUUUCCGCCCUCGCCGGACUCGUGGCUUGGCGAGCCACCGCAUCAUCCUCACCACCCGCACUACGCUACAUAGCCCCCAGGCAGGAGGUUACAACUCUGGCACUGACUCGCUGCUGCUGCUGCUGCUGUACAUUAUCACGACAAAGACCUGUCGCUUCCGUAAAAAAACAACAGUGAAAGCUUCGACGUUCUCUGCGAC